UGAAGAUGAGAGAUGGUAGUGCAUGGAGAUCAGUCUUGCCUUCGCCUGGCCUAGUCUCUGAACCCUGAACAUCAGGCAGCGGAAAAAGAUGCGGGCAGUCAUCGACGACUCCGCCAAAAUAUGCGGCAGCUCUUCACCCCGCUGCCCCACGCCUUUCCCGAAUUUCAUCGCUCGCUACAUCGUCUCUUCUGUACUCGUCGCGGACUUCAUAAGCUGUCGAGAGUCUCAAAACGUGUUCUCCGACUAGAGGCCGCGAAGAAGGUCAUGGCGGAAAAAUAUGAAGGGUGCACAAAGCUACAGUUGAUUGCACGGAUACAGGAAUUGGAGCAGCAGAUCAGAUGUCCAGAGCAAACAAGUGCAGAAAAAGCCGAUGAAAGCAGUCCUACCAUCUCAUCGCUAAAGAAGAAAUCUAUAUCGACGCCCCCAAAACCACCAAAGCCUUUUGAUGCGUCCAGAUACAGCACGCGGCUAAUCGCCUUGAAGUUUGCGUAUCUAGGGCAGAAAUACAAUGGCUUCGAACAUCACAACAAGAACAAGACACCAUUGCCCACCAUCGAGGAGGAGCUAUGGAAAGCACUCAUCAAGACACGGGUGAUGAAUCCAACACCAAGAGAAGGAGACACAACCGACUACAACAGACUAGACAGGAACACAUUUGCGGUCUGGGACAAAGAGGGGGCAGAUGUGAAUUGGGAGGGUUGCGAAUAUUCAAAGUGUGGGAGGACGGAUCGGGGAGUGAGCGCAUUUGGACAAGUCAUUGGUGUGAAGGUUCGAAGCAACCGACCGCUGCCCAAGUCGGAACCUGCAGCACCCACAGAAGACGAGCCCUCAACCCCGGAUGGCAAAGCAGACAGCGAACAUAAGGCCCAGUCAAAACCUUUCGAUGACCUCACAGACGAACUCCCCUACAUCCAACUCCUCAACCGCGUCCUCCCACCCGACAUCCGCAUCUACGCCUGGUGCCCCAAUCCACCUCCGAACUUCAGCGCACGCUUCUCAUGCAAAGAGCGACGCUACAAGUACUUCUUCACAAACCCGUCUUUCGCGCCCGUCCCCGGCGCCGCAGGGAUAUACAACACCGCCACGGACCAAGACACCAUGCGCGAAGGUUGGAUCGACAUUGGCAAGAUGCGAGAGGGCUGCAAAGAACUAAUCGGCCUCCACGACUUCCGCAACUUCUGCAAAAUCGACGCAAGCAAACAGAUCACAAAUUUCCAACGGCGCAUCUUCCACGCAGACGUCGAGGAAAUCAGUCCCCUGUCUCUACCCGCAUUUCUCUCGCAUACGGCUCUCCAGUCCCCUUCCUCGGCAGAUCAUCAACCGAAAAUCUACGCCUUCACACUGCACGGCUCGGCUUUCCUCUGGCACCAGGUCCGCAAUAUCGUCGCUAUCCUCUUCCUCAUCGGCCAGCGCCUCGAAGCACCGUCACUCGUCUCCAACCUCCUGGACAUGGAGAAGAACCCCACGCGGCCGAAAUACGAAAUGGCCUCCGACGCGCCCCUAGUCCUCUGGGACUGCAUAUUCCCGCACGACCACGAAGUGCAGACGUCCGAGGAACGCGAGCACGGCUACACCGACCGUCUGAAAUGGGUGUACAUCGGCGACGAAGGGGCCAUUGAGCCGAAGAGCAAGGGCGUGGGGAAAUACGGGGGGCCGAGUUCGAUGGGCAAGGGGAAGUGGGGGAGGGGCGGCGUAAUAGACGAUGUAUGGGAGGUGUGGCGGGGGAACAAAAUCGACGAGACGCUGUCUGCUUUGCUGCUUGAUAAGAUUUCUAGCCAGGGAGAGGCGACGCUGGAUGAUUCUGAGCGGAGAGCUGGUAUUGCGAGGGGAGGGCCCAGAGUAUUUGAUGGUGGGAAUUUAGGCAGAGCGAAGGGGCCGUAUACACCUGUGCUGCAGCGCGAGAGGCAGGAGAGCGUCGAGGUGGUCAACGAGCGGUUCGCGAAGAAGAAGGGGUUGGAUCCGAACCGGUUCAACGCGACGGAAGAGGAUGCAGAUGAGUAGCGUAGCGUCUCAUUCUCAAAAAGUAAAAAAAAAACGCAGAAUCGAUACC